AUGGCCAGCUAUAUCACACACUAUCUACCAAGCUUCAGGAGCUCGUUGAACUCAAACGAAACAUCUGAACAUGUUGAAGCAUUGGAUUCUGUUGGGCCAGGGCAGAUCAAAUACAUUGCUGUCAUCGAUGUUAGCAGUGAUGUGCGGGGCACGAAGGAAGAGCUGGACUCAGAGUUGAAUAAGAAAUUGAUUACUUUUGUACAUAGUGACACACUUGCUGAGAUAAGCUCCAAUGUCAAGAUACGAUUAGCGGGAUUGAUGCAAGGAGUAUAUGCAUUUUCACUGGAAUUCAUUACCCCCUCCAAAGCAGGUAAAAAAGCAAAAAAGCCAAUGGUCAUAAGGUCGGAAGGUGAAAGCUUUGUAGUGGUUCAAAUCGAGGAAACAUAUAAUCUUAUAUGUUCUAUUGCAUCCAGUGAUAAAACUGUCACCAAACAAUUACAAUAUAUAUUGAACAAACAGCAUGUUUUUUUCAAAUUAUUUCACAAGACGUUGACAACUAUAAACAAGGAACCGGGGGUUGAUGUAUUGCGAGAUCUAUCGACCCAGUGGUGGAGUAAAUUUCUAUUUGAAUACAAUCUGAAGUUGACAACUCGCGAGAUCAAGUGGCCCAAUACUUUAAACUACAUGGGGUUUAAUACCUUUAUUAUGGAGGGAUACAAAAAAUCAUCUAUUUCGAUCCCAAAGAGAGUCAAAGACGAGUUUAGAAAUUUAAUCUUGGACGAGGAAUUGAUUCCACAUGGCCUCAUUAUCAAUAGUUUUGCUCCUGCUGCUAAGAAAUUAGGUCUCAUUGAUGUACAAUCAAUGACAAAUAAGUUGGAAAUUCAAUCGUUGAUAAAUGUCUACAACUUGAUGGAGUUUGAGUACAUCAUGCAAGCUACAAACCGUAGAAAUGUUGAUGAUGGCGAUGAGAGUGGUAAAGUACAAGAAGAGGUGAUGGGAUUUAUGAACCCUAUGAAUUUAACCAACAAUCUAGUCGUUCAACCGUGGAACAAGAUGUCUGACAUGAUCCGUGGCGGGAGUACCACAGAUACAAUCGAUGGUAACGAGAACAUGCCACGACUCAACUCAAAAGCAUCUAGACCAUGGCUUUCGAUGCCAAACGUUUUUGGAAACUCGAGUGAGAGCGGGAGUUCAAUCGCACCUUUACCAGACCUCGAGGAUGGACGAGAAUCGGUAAACCUGCAUGAGGAGACAUUUAGUCGUUUCUUAUAUGGCAUUCAACUUGACCACUCUAUAUCGAGAAAACUUGUCUACCUCCCGACGAAAGAAGCUGAGUCAGACGCAUCUGAAAAACGGGUAGUUGAAUCAGAGUACCAAUUAGUAACUUAUUUCCACGAAGACAUCUACAUCACUUUGAUAUACGACUCACUGGAAGCAAGUCACCUUGACGAUUCCGGAUUCUACCAGCAUUUGUCGUCCACUAUAUUUGAGCCACUACAAGAAGAAAUUGUUCAAUAUCAAUCAUCAACCUUGGGAACGAGCACUAAUUCCAUGACAACGCUAAACUUGGCCAACAUAGAUAACAGUUUUCUAUACACGGUGUUUGACUUUAAACAUAUGAAUUACACAUCAUCAAUUCCUUUGAUUCUUGAUCACAACAGUGAAAAAUACCCCACUAUUGUCAAUAUCCAUGACCAGUUGAUUAAAAUUUCUGAAAACUUUGAUUUUACUGCCCAUGAAUUUUAUCAUAAAUUUGCCUUGGGUAACAAGCAUGAUUGGAUGAGUUACAUAAUCAAAUAUGGCGCAAAAUUGAUUGUCAUUAUUAAGAAUAAUAGUAAAAAUAGUGGCAAUACAAUUAGUGAUGUUGGAAAUAUACCUCCUGAAGAGAGAACCAUGGUGAACCAAAUAACUGGCCUUGUUUCUGAUUAUGCAAGUUUGGGAUUUUUGGAUAAUUUGGGUGAUGAUGUAAAGUAUUGGUUGGGACAAGUUAUAGACACCGAAUAG